AUGGAAUCGAUAAAUGUUUUAACGAUUGCGGGGAGCGACUCAAGCGGAGGCGCAGGGAUCCAAGCAGACUUGAAGACCUUCACGAGCUUGGAAGCAUACGGAAUGUCGGUGAUUACCGCCGUGACUGCGCAGAAUACCGUGGGUGUCUCAGGCGUGGUGGGGAUAUGCCCGUCAAUGGUAUCUCAACAACUCAACAGCGUCCUUAGUGAUAUUCCCGUCAUGGCAAUCAAGACAGGAAUGUUGCACAGUCCUGAAAUUAUUGAUGCAAUAGCAGCUAGUCUGUCAAGAUUUUAUCCUGAUCCAACCAACCAACCACAUCUGGUGAUUGAUCCGGUGAUGGUCUCAACAUCUGGCCACGAUUUGCUUCAAGGAGGCGGCUUGGAGAUGUUAAUUGGCAAUCUGUUUUGCCGGGCAAGCCUGGUGACUCCAAAUCUGCCUGAGGCACUGCUCCUAUCAGGUCGGAAAUCCAGAAACCAAACAAUUGAAAGCAUCCAGGAUAUGCAAGACUGCUGCCGUGAGAUUGCUCAGCUUGGUGCCAGAAACGUCCUCCUUAAAGGUGGACACAUCCUCAUGUCAAACGAGAUGGUGACUGAUUUGCUAUACCAAGCAGACUCCAACAGUUUCCAAAGAUUCACUCAUCAGAGGCUUGAAACACCCAACACUCAUGGAACAGGAUGCACCUUAUCAGCUGCCCUUGCUGUUUACCUGGCCAAGGGAUUCUCUUUGAUUGAUGCAGUUGAAUCUGCCAUAAAAUAUGUUGAGGGGGGUAUGAAGCAUAGCUUUGCACUUGGAAACGGGUCUGGGCCACUCAACCACUUCCACAACAUCCAACAACGCAUACUUCCUAUGUAA